AUGUCUGGUGAGCCCGAAAAAGACGCGGUCGUGGCAUUGGCUUUGCCUCCAUCAAGUUCAGGCAGCGAUGAACGUUCAGUAGACUUUCCCGGCCAGGAAAUUGGACUGGAACCUGUGGAAGAUUAUCACUCGCGGUCGCAUGCCUCCAAAAAUGAUCCUGCGCCUGAGCCAUUGCAUCGUGCAUCCACGGAGCUUGGUCCUGCUGUCACAAUCCCACGGCUGAAGCGCAGAGGAUUACUCGGUCAAUUUGCCCUCGUUGCUGAGAUCGAGAACCCGAAGACUUAUCCACGAAGGACGAAGUGGUUCAUCACUUUCAUUGUCGCUGUAGCAGGAGCUGCUGCACCUUUGGGAAGCUCGAUCUUUUUUCCCUCGCUCUCCCAGGUAGCCAAGGAGCUGAACACGACUGCCACCAUCACUAAUCUGUCAAUUGCUCUAUACAUGCUGAGUAUGGCGAUCUUCCCUCUCUGGUGGUCCUCAUUUAGCGAACGACUGGGACGACGCACCAUCUAUAUUACCUCUUUCGUUCUCUUCGUGCUCUUCAAUUGCCUAUGUGCAAUCUCCAACUCGAUUGCCAUGCUGAUCGUCAUGCGAAUGCUUAGCGGUGGUGCUUCUGCCUCAGUUCAAGCUGUCGGCGCCGGAACCAUCGCGGACCUCUGGGAGGUUCGGGAAAGAGGGCGUGCAAUGGGCAUCUUCUAUCUUGGUCCGCUCUGUGGACCUUUGCUGGCACCCAUUGUUGGUGGUGUCCUGGCCCAACGAUGGGGAUGGCGCAGUACCAUGUGGUUCGCCGCGGCCUAUGGUGCGGUGACUCUCAUUUUUGUUCUGGUUUGUCUACCAGAAACUUUGGUUUUGCAGAAGCCCGUGCUUUUCCCGCCUCAUGAAGAGGAAGAGGAAGAGGUCCCUGGGUCUCGACCUCUGAGUCGAGUAUCGACGCGGCAAAUGGCGAGAACCACAACAAGAUGGCUUAAGAAGCUCAAGGUGAUCUUCAUUGACCCUCUGAAGAUUAUUCUCUACCUGCAGUACAUCCCGGUUCUUCUUUCGGUAUACUACGCUAGCAUUGCCUUCGGAUCACUUUACGUGCUGAAUGUCAGCGUUCAAGACACAUUUGGGAAAGCACCCUACAAUUACUCGACGAUCAUCAUCGGCCUGCUUUAUAUUCCCAACUCCCUGGGUUAUUUCGCUUCCAGUCUCGUCGGUGGACGAUGGAUGGAUAACAUCAUGCAGCGCGAGGCGCGAAAGGCUAAAAGAUACGAUGAAAGAGGGAGACUGGUCUUCCGCCCAGAGGACCGUAUGCGAGAGAACGCUUGGCUUGGCGCUAUUCUUUACCCUGUUGCUCUUAUCUGGUACGGGUGGACCGCCGAGAAGGGUGUGUACUGGCUGGUGCCAAUGAUCGCCAACUUCUUCUUCGGUGUCGGUUCAAUGCUCAUCUUCAGCAUGGUCACUACCAUGCUUACUGAAUUCGUGCCUAAUAAGUCUUCAGAGGCCGUUGCCUUGAACAACUUCGUGCGGAACAUAUUCUCCUGUGUGGGAUCUCUUGUCACGACCCCCAUUAUUAGUGCCAUAGGAAACGGCUGGCUCUUCACCAUUCUUGGUCUGGUUGCUCUAGCCAGUAGUUCGGUCAUCGUGUUCAUGAGGUUGUUUGGACCCCGCUGGCGCGUGAAGAUGGAUGCACGCAUGCAUUAA